AUGGUAGUGUACCUCUGCCAAGUGAUGACGUUGGAUAGUCUCGGUGGCACUCUGAGUACAGUGGGAGUUAGGACAUUGGCAAACUGGCAAGUGGGAUGGCGAUUUGACGAUCUUGGAGGUGAGUCUUGUCACCGGGGACGGACUGCCGACCAUCGGAUCGGAAGGACUUUGGCUAAAACGGAGGAAAUGGCAAUGCUUCAAGUUGCGGGGAGAAUUGAGGGGCAGGGUUUAUGGAGUGAGGCAUCUUGUGUGUUUGCCAAUAAGAGUUUGGACAUUUGUCCUGUUUUGGAUUUCCAUCGAGAUGGACGAAAAAGGCACGGUGAGAACAACGGCCAAUGUAGUUGA